GCAUCUAAUUAGCCCAUCUCUCUCAAUUGUCACAAUAUCACAACACAAAAAAAAAAAAAAAAAAAACACAGCAAAAAAUGGAUGGUGAGGAACAUCAAAUAGAUGGUGAUGAAGUUAAUAACCAUGAGAACAAGUUGAAUGAAAAAAAGAAAUCAUGGGGAAAACUAUAUCGACCCGACUCUUUCAUCAUAGAGGCCGGACAAACUCCAACAAAUACCGGGCGUCGCUCAUUGAUGAGCUGGAGAACAACGAUGAGUUUGGCAUUUCAGAGCCUAGGAGUGGUGUAUGGAGAUAUCGGGACAUCGCCAUUAUAUGUGUAUGCAAGUACUUUCACUGAUGGCAUCAAUGACAAAGAUGAUGUCGUUGGUGUUCUCUCGCUCAUAAUCUACACUAUUACUCUCGUAGCGCUCCUCAAAUACGUUUUCAUUGUUCUUCAGGCUAACGAUAACGGUGAAGGAGGAACAUUUGCAUUGUACUCACUGAUAUGUCGGUAUGCGAAAAUGGGACUAAUUCCAAACCAAGAACCAGAAGAUGUAGAACUCUCCAACUAUACACUUGAACUUCCAACCACACAGCUCAGAAGAGCCCAUAUGAUCAAAGAGAAGCUCGAGAACUCUAAAUUCGCUAAGAUCAUUCUCUUCCUAGUCACUAUUAUGGGAACUUCCAUGGUCAUUGGUGAUGGAAUCCUUACUCCUUCCAUCUCAGUACUUUCAGCAGUAAGUGGAAUCAAAUCUCUCGGCCAAAACACGGUGGUGGGUGUUUCGGUUGCAAUCUUGAUUGUUCUAUUCGCAUUUCAGCGGUUUGGCACCGAUAAAGUUGGAUUCUCAUUCGCCCCGAUCAUCCUCGUAUGGUUCACAUUUCUGAUCGGAAUUGGUCUCUUUAAUCUGUUCAAGCAUGACAUUACCGUCUUAAAGGCACUUAAUCCACUCUAUAUCAUUUACUACUUUAGAAGAACUGGUAGACAGGGUUGGAUUUCCCUCGGAGGUGUUUUCCUCUGCAUCACUGGGACGGAGGCAAUGUUUGCUGAUCUAGGUCACUUCAGUGUUCGAGCUGUACAGAUUAGUUUCUCAUGUGUCGCAUAUCCUGCUUUAGUAACGAUAUAUUGCGGGCAGGCUGCGUACCUAACUAAACAUACUUACAAUGUGUCAAAUACUUUCUACGACUCAAUCCCUGAUCCGUUAUACUGGCCAACAUUUGUGGUAGCGGUGGCAGCAUCAAUCAUCGCGAGCCAAGCUAUGAUAUCGGGCGCCUUUUCAGUCAUCUCGCAAUCUCUACGUAUGGGUUGUUUCCCUCGAGUGAAGGUGGUUCACACCUCGGCUAAGUACGAGGGACAAGUCUAUAUCCCGGAGAUCAACUACUUGCUCAUGCUUGCAUGCAUCGCUGUUACCCUUGCCUUUAGAACUACUGAGAAGAUUGGUCACGCUUAUGGGAUCGCCGUUGUAACCGUCAUGGUCAUCACAACCUUAAUGGUGACUCUCAUAAUGUUGGUUAUCUGGAAGACCAAUAUAGUGUGGAUUGCUAUCUUCUUGGUCGUCUUUGGCUCCAUAGAGAUGUUAUACCUAUCUUCGGUCAUGUACAAGUUUACAAGCGGUGGGUAUUUACCACUUACGAUAACGGUCGUUUUGAUGGCGAUGAUGGCGAUUUGGCAAUAUGUUCAUGUCCUCAAAUACCGGUACGAGCUGAGGGAGAAGAUCUCUCGUGAAAAUGCUAUACAAAUGGCUACAAGUCCUGACGUAAACCGGGUUCCAGGGAUUGGUCUUUUCUACACGGAGCUUGUUAACGGUAUAACUCCAUUGUUCUCUCACUAUAUAUCAAAUCUUUCGUCCGUCCACUCGGUGUUUGUAUUGAUAUCGAUCAAGACACUUCCCGUGAACCGAGUGACGUCAUCAGAGCGGUUCUUUUUCCGUUACGUGGGGCCAAAGGAUUCCGGGAUGUUUAGGUGUGUUGUGAGAUAUGGUUACAAGGAAGACAUUGAGGAGCCUGAUGAGUUCGAGCGUCAUUUUGUUUAUUACUUAAAGGAAUUCAUUCAUCACGAGCACUUCAUGUCUGGAGGAGGAGGGGAGGUGGACGAGACGGACAAAGAAGAGGAACCAAAUGCUGAGACAACAGUUGUGCCUUCGUCUAAUUAUGUCCCUUCAUCGGGGCGGAUCGGGUCCGCCCAUUCAUCUUCGUCAGACAAGAUUAGGUCGGGAAGGGUCGUGCAGGUUCAAUCCGUGGAGGAUCAAACAGAGUUGGUGGAGAAAGCGAGAGAGAAAGGGAUGGUUUAUCUAAUGGGAGAGACCGAGAUUACGGCAGAGAAAGAGUCUUCUUUGUUUAAGAAGUUUAUAGUGAACCAUGCUUACAAUUUCUUGAAGAAGAAUUGUCGGGAAGGAGACAAAGCACUUGCGAUUCCUAGGUCGAAGCUUCUCAAGGUUGGCAUGACCUAUGAGUUAUAAGAUUCUCUAUUUCGUCUUUGUGUUUCAUCAUGGUUUAAAAUCAUUGUGACCUAAAUAAAGUGUCUCCAUGUUUAGGGGACCCUUGUUUUUGUUUGUUUGUUGUCAUAAAUAGUUGGUAAAUGUGUAAGUCAUUAUUACCUUUUUUUUUGUGAUUGCCAGUUUGUCGAUUUUAUUGAAAAAUAAAAGUUACAGAAGCCCAUAUUUUUAAUGUAAGAGACUAAGAGUAUAUGGAACAAAGAUGUAGGACUGGUUUAUU